GACUGCCCUGCCGCCGACUGAACAUGUCAGGUUUAUUAAGUAUUUAAAUGAAAACCUUCAAGAUUACAGCCUUAAAUCUAAUGUUGAUUGAGGAAACAGUUGGUAGUUGCUAGGAAACAGUUGUUUUUAUAAGUUAAGUUGGAGCCAUAUGUUUGUAUUUGAAUCUAUAAAAAGGUCUGCGGAAGUUCAGUGUUCAAUUUCAGAUGUUUCAACUGAACAUUUAGCUGUUGUUGAUGUGUAAAGACCUUCAGUCUUAAACAUGUACGGCCCUCCAGUGGAUCUGUCUUUUAAGGAUAUCAACAGUGUCACAGGUGCGCUGGCAGAGGUCCCCCGAAGUGGACUGCGUCCUUUAAAGACAAACUCUAAGGGGAAGUAUCAGAGCUGCAGUUUCCGUCUCAGUAACAACAGCAUCCCUGACGUCACCGGCCUUCAGUACAUUCUCAGCCACUUUCUGGCUCAACCGUCAAAGCUCGGCUGGCUGGACCUAUCGUUUAACAAAAUCACAUGCAUAGACCCGAUUUUGUGUGAGCUGAGUGAAUUGCGUGUGUUGUACCUUCACGGCAACAACAUCUGGAAUCUGUCAGAUGUUGACCAGCUGAGAGAGAUGCAGUAUCUACACACCAUCACGCUGCAUGGGAAUGCCAUAGAAACCAACAUAAACUACAGGAAUCAUGUGAUUACUGCCCUGCCUCAUUUGAAGAAGAUGGAUUUCAGUGCUGUGACACGCGAACAGCAAGUCCUGGCAAAUGUUUGGCAUCACUGCAGAAAUCGUGGGAAGAACACCAGGGAGAGCCUCCAGUGAAGUCAUUCAUUUGAUUAAUCGAUUUUCAAGCCACUGCUGAAACAA